AAAUAAAAGAAGGGGAAAAAAAACGAAAAAAAGAAGAACGAACGUUUCUCUGAAGAAUCGUCGAUCGGCUAGGCUACGAUUAAAAUCCAACAUUGGCAGUUGGAAUUGGACGACUGAAGAAGAAGUUGAUUCGAGCGUAGGGGAAUAUGGGGAGAAAUUGCAGGAUUGUUUCUGUGAUUCUCUCACUUCUGCUACUUUCCAUGGCUCCGGAAUCUCUCGCUUACAGACCCGGCGACAUCGUACCCAUGAGCAAAAUGGGUCAAUACCAUUCUUCGAGGACUGUUUGGCACGAUAUGAUAGGAAAGCACUGUCCAAUGUUUGCCGUUAAUCGCGAGGCCUUGAUUCCAAUCCCAAAGCCGACUGGUUACACUGGAGCUGAUCCUUAUAAACUGUCCUUCCAAGUUGGAAGAGAGAAAUUUUUUGUUCCAUGGUUACUCGUGGUUAACCGAAAGAGUACUGAAGUCCCACUGAUUGAUAUGCAUUUGAGGUACUCAGGGGGUGAUUUUCUUGGUGUCACUGCUAAAGUAAUUGAUAUGCCUCACAGCUAUGUUGAAUUUCAUCCUGACAUCGGUAAACAAUUUUGGGAUCCACAACAUUGGCCAAAACAUGUGCUUGUCAGAUAUACAUGGGAAGAGCAGUCGGAGAUAGAUGUUGCUUCUGGAUUUUAUGUUCUUUUUGGAUCAGGGUUGAUGCUGACAUUUAUUCUCUCAAUCUAUGUUUUGCAAUCUUCUCGGGAUAAAUUAGCAAGAUUUGUAAAAGAGACCGUCGUCGAAAGCAGUGCGCCUGGCGGAGGAAUGGCAAAAGUUGAGUGAUGGAAUUUUCAAAGUUCUCAAAGUCACAUUUUCACCAACAUAUAUUCAGGAGAGGUUGCACUCACAAACUUGUACCUUUAGAAUUUUGUUCAGUUUGGAUUGUCGUUUUAAACUGUGUUGUAGGGUUUUCGGAACGGGGAAAGAAUUUUAUAAUAAAACUUACUCCAUAUAGAUUUAAAAAAAAUUAGGGAAAACUUGUAGUA